CGGCUCCCCGAGUCCCCAGGCGUGAUGAGCGCCAGUUCGGAGGCGGCGCGGGCGCGGCGGCCCGGGGUCGGGGUGGGAGUGGUGGUGACCAGCUGCAGGCACCCUCGUUGCGUCCUCCUGGGAAAGAGGAAAGGGUCGGUCGGAGCUGGCAGUUUCCAGCUUCCUGGGGGUCACCUGGAGUUCGGGGAGAGCUGGGAGGAAUGCGCCCGGAGGGAGACCUGGGAGGAGGCAGCGCUGCGCCUGAAGCAUGUCCGCUUUGCCUCGGUGGUGAACUCUUUCGUGGAGAAGGAGAAUUACCAUUACGUGACCGUACUCAUGAAAGGAGAGGUGGACGUGACCCAUGACUCGGAACCUACGAACGUCGAGCCCGACAAGAAUGAAAGCUGGGAGUGGGUUCCUUGGGAAGAAUUUCCUCCACUGGACCAGCUUUUCUGGGCGCUGCGCUGUUUGAGGGAACAGGGCUACGACCCCUUCAGAGAAGAUCUGGACCACCUGCUGGGCUACACAGGGCAUCACCCGUGGAUGGAGAAGACGACCUGACGGACAGAGACACGACAGAGUAAGGUCCGCUCGGAGGAGGAAGUGUCUGUAUUUCAGAACAACUCAUUUUAUCCAG